CUAUAUUUGGAAACCACUGUUACUUAAAGACCGCUCAAUUUGAAAAAUGGAAAUAAAUUAUGUUUAUGCAAAAAAGCGAUCAGAAUUCGGACGACAGUGUAACUUUAGCGACAAAAAUGCAGAAAUCCUGAUAGAAAUACUACCUGAUGCAGACUUGUCCCAGAAAUUUAUCGAAAUCACUCCACUUGACAAAGGUAUACAAUGCUCACAAGAAAUGUCUGAACAUGAAGCAAAUACUGAAAGAUACAGAUCGGAAACCCGUGGAAUGAAUCACACGGAAGGUGGCUGGCCAAAAGAUGUUAAUCCACAGGAACCAGACCAGGUUAUAAGAUACCGAAAAAAAGUUGAGAAAGAAGAUGUUUAUAUAGCAACAGUCCACAAACUUGGAAACAUUAUGGAACACCGUAUCAAACAAAAUAAUGCUUUAAACAUUUAUGAAAACUACUUUGAUGAUCUGGAUCUAAAUGCUUCAGAGGAUCUCCCGUCUGCCAAGACUAUUAACGUUUUAAAAGACACAAACGAAAUCAAACGAAGCAUCGCCUACAUAUCCUGGUUCACAGAUGGUCCGACAAAAUUGGCAGUCGCUUAUUGUAACACAGAAUUUCAGUCUUCUCAAAACCUGUCCAAUGAUUCAUACAUAUGGGAUUUAAAUAAUCCCAAUAGACCAGAAUUGGUUCUAAAACCCACCUCUCCUCUUGUCUGUAUAGAAUACAAUCCUAAGGAUUCUCACACUCUAAUUGGCGGAUGUUACAAUGGACAGUUAGCUUUCUGGGACAGACGUAGGGGACCGAUUCCUGUUGAAAUAUCCCCGGUUGAGCAUAGCCACAGAGAUCCUGUUUGGAAAGCACUAUGGAUACAAUCGAAAACUGGUACUGAGUGUUUCUCCACUGGGACUGAUGGACAGGUUUUCUGGUGGGAUGUUAGAAAAAUGUCUGAACCUACAGAAUUUCUAUACCUUGAUACCACCAAAAAACAAGAUAUUUCUUGUGCUCAAGGAGCAUAUGCACUGGAGUACGAAUCUACAAUUCCAACUAAGUUUAUGGCUGGGACUGAACAGGGAAUGAUUAUUUCCUGCAAUCGGAAAGGUAAAACACCUGCCGAAAAGAUCGUUGCUGUUUACCCUGGACAUAUUGGACCUGUUUAUGCAUUACAGAGAAAUCCAUUCUUCCCCAAGAACUUUCUCAGCAUUGGGGACUGGACUGCUCGAAUAUGGUCGGAAGAUAUUCGAGAAUCUCCCAUUAUGUGGACAGCUAACCACAACCACGGUCUCUCGGAUGGAUGCUGGAGUCCCAUCCGACCGGCCGUAUUUUUCACUACACGUUUAGACGGGACACUCAGUAUAUGGGAUAUUAUUUUCAAACAGAAAGAACCUGCUCUGAAUAUUCAGAUAUGUGAAGAACCACUCCAUUGUCUCAAAGUUCAAGAACAGGGUCGACUUAUCGCAACAGGAUCACAUAGUGGAAUAUGCACAAUACUUGAGCUCUCUGAAGGAUUUUGGAAUCAGCCUAAAAAUGAGAGGUCUUUAGUGACUGCCAUGUUCGAAAGAGAAACUCAUCGUGAGAAGAUCCUGGAAGCCAGAAAUCGAGAAAUAAAACUACGCAGACAAAAAGCGCAGGGAACAGAAGAAGCGAUUUCUGCUGGUGAGGAAGAAUUAGACACAAAACCGGAAGAAAUCACACGCUCAACAGAACAAUUUUUUGAAACCAUUCAACGGAAACUUAAGGAGCGAGAACUAAGAGAAAAGCUUGCUAUGGAAUCAGCACAAACUACAAACAAUAAACGGAAUGAUAUAGUACUUGAAGAGGAAGAAGAACGUCCGGCAUCAAGCGAGGAUGAACAGGAUGGACUCGAGAGGGAAGGCGAGCAGGAAGGUAUGCAAACUGAAGCGAACGAACUUCAGGAAACGGUCCAAUCUUAGUGUAGAAAUUAAAAUAUCUCACACCAUGUUUUGAGCGGUUUACCACUGGUAAUAAGCUGAACUAAGAAAUUCCUACUGAUAUUACUUUUCGUUGAAUAUACAAAAAUGAAAUAAAGUUUACGAUCCAGUAGUUGAGGUUUUUAC